UGCAGCGCGCCGGAAGUACUGACUUGCCUGUGUUGUAGUGAAACGCUCAUGUCGGUAUGUCAGGAUAAAGUUGAGGUUUGAAAACAAGAGGCGGAAUAACAACGAGCUUAGGAGAAACGCCACCCUUAAAAUACUGCAAGUGUAAGGAUCGCCGCCGAGUCGGAUUAAAGACGGAAUACAAUUUUAGACUUCUGCUAUCCGAUGACAUUUUCCAACUCUAAUUACUUUGUACAGCACUGAUCUAUUAAACUUCAUCCUUAUUUAUACCUGGUGGCAAUGGAGCAAAACAACAGUUUACCACCAUAUGCACAAGGACUGGCUUCUCCUCAGGGCGCAAUGACACCUGGGAUUCCUAUCUUUAGUCCGAUGAUGCCCUAUGGCACAGGCCUUACACCACAGCCAGUUCAAACAACAAACAGUUUGUCAAUAUUGGAGGAGCAACAAAGACAACAACAACAACAGCAACAACAGCAACAGAAUGUUUCUCAGCAUGGUGUUGUGCAGGUUUCAUCUGGACAGGCUCCCCAGCUUUUCCACUCUCAGUCAGUUACUACAACUGCUCUGCCUGGAACCACACCGCUUUAUCCUUCACCUUGCACUCCAAUGACUCCCAUCACUCCUGCAACACCAGCUUCUGAAAGCUCUGGUAUUGUUCCACAGCUGCAGUGAGUAUUGGCAACAAUCAAAAGUGGAAACCGACUCCGACAGUAAUUAAAAACUUUAAGCAGGAGAUCCCGAAAUACACCGUGGGGGCCAAGGAGGUUGGGUGCAGUGUGAGUUGGAAUUGGAAAACCAAGGACAAAGCACUUAUUUUCAGCUGGGAAAAAUGGUUUUACAGGAGCAAGAAGUGAAGAACAAUCACGUUUGGCAGCUAGAAAAUAUGCAAGAGUUGUCCAGAAAUUAGGAUUUCCAGCUAAAUUUUUGGAUUUUAAGAUUCAAAACAUGGUUGGCAGCUGCGAUGUGAAGUUUCCAAUCAGACUAGAAGGGCUGGUUCUAACCCACCAACAGUUUAGUAGCUAUGAGCCUGAGUUGUUUCCUGGAUUAAUCUACAGAAUGAUCAAACCUAGAAUUGUUUUGUUAAUUUUUGUGUCUGGAAAAGUAGUGCUUACAGGUGCAAAGGUUCGUUCAGAAAUCUAUGAAGCUUUUGAAAAUAUUUAUCCAAUUUUAAAAGGAUUCCGAAAGACCACGUAACCACCGUGGUGGAGAAGCAGCAAAAUUAUUUUUAUUUUUAUAUGGUAUUAACUUCAUUGUUCUGUGGAAACUUCAUGUCUUUCAUAGUAUUAACUUUAAAAAUACAGAGUCAUACAAUAUGGUGUCCAUGUUGUUUACCCAGCAGAACUGUCUUUUUUUUUUUUAAAUGUUUUUACAUGAAAUAGAAAAAAGUGUUUGAGGUGCUUCCACAAGUAAGGCAUUACGUCAACAAAACUUAUUUUAAAUUUUAAAAUAUGCAACUUUAAGUUGUUUUAAUUCCAAGGUACAAACAUGUCUAUGUUUAAUAUUUCACAGACAUUCCUUUUAUUUACAAAAUGACACAUGAAAUACUGCAAUAUUUAAAGUGUAUUUUUUUGUAAUUUAAAAUUUGCGUUUAGUCUAGGGAUGAUGAUUUUGCUUGUAAAAAGCUCUUUUAUUUCAGGGCAAACGUUUUUAAUUCAUUUUAGUGAGACUAUUUUGAGUAGCACCUGUAUGAUUUUAUAUGCAGCUUAACUGUUAUUUUUAAUAUAACUAAUAUUUGCUUUCAUUUGUUCAGUGUAUGAAUUGUUUGCCCUGUCAGUAAAGCAAAACGUGUUGCUUUAAUUGUUCUCAAAUUCUUUUAUGUGAGAUCUGUUGUAUUAUCAAUGCAAAAUUUCAAUGUUAGAUACAAGAAUCACUUGUAUGCAAGUAGUAUUGUACAUCAGUAUCAUUAAAGAAUUUAUCCCAAGAA